AUGAUACAAGCUGCAGUCACAAUAAUCUUUUUGGGAGUCUUUAUAAAAGGUCUAACAGCUGUUGUACAAACACAGCAGCAUGUGAUGGUAAAAGUAGGAGAAGAUGUUCAUCUCAGCUGUCAGCUCAUGCAGACUAAAGAUGUUCUUCAGGUCACCUGGCAGAAAGAUUUACCUGAGGGGAAGAAGAAUCUUGGCAGCUACAACAAAUACUUUAAAAAAACAGUGAAUCCUGGUUUCCAGGAUAAAGUGGAGUUUAAAGAUGCUGGACUGAAGAACUGCUCCAUAGUUAUCAGGAAGGUGAUGGAGCAGGAUGAAGGCUGCUAUCUCUGUUUGUUUAACACGUAUCCUGAUGGUUCUCUGACAGGAAGAACCUGCCUCCAUCUUUAUGAGCUGCAUGAACCCAUUCUACAAAUCAGAGAAUCAAACUCUAGUGAAGAGACAGUUGUGUCCUGCUCGGCCACAGGUCGUCCUGCUCCCACAGUAACUCUGAAUGUCCCACAACAAGACCUCUACUUCUCUAACAGCAGCACGGUCAGUGUCACCAACACCAACGCUACAGUCACUGUCACCACUACAGCUGUGCUGUCUGGUGGUUUCCAUGGAAACGGUGCACAAGUUGGAUGUGCAGUACGACUGCUCUCAGUCCCUGAAAUUCAGGUGUUUAAAAUGAUUCCUGCAGUCAAUCAAUCAUCUGAUGAUGGAGCACCGCACAGACUGGGAGCCAAGCUGGUGUUUGGGCGACUAUCAUCUGUCAACGGCAUGGAGCUUUACCGCAAUGUGAGGGCUUGGCUGGUGUCUCAGCACUCACACACCUUACGCUUGCUGCAAACCAUCAUGACUAAUGUCUCCUCAUCACGCCUGGCAUCAUCAUCCGGAUACUGUAAUUUCAUUGAGCAGACAGUGUGCCAGUACGAUGCAGCAACAACUACACUGACCAACACGUCAGAGCACUGGACAGCUGAAAGGACUGCAGCCUGGAUGUGA